UUGGCGCUCAGGCCGGGCGAGGCUUUCCCGGUGGCGUCCAGCAGGGGACGCUGCCGGAGGCGGCGGUGGCAGGAGCGGAAGCCGGGCCGGAGGCGGCCGGGCGCACUCGCUGACUCCUCCCGCUUCCGCUGCCGCCGCGGGUCCGAGCCGAGUUACCGUCUGCCGUCAGCCGCUGUCGCCGCCGCCGCGAUGCCGCUGGAGAACUUGGAAGAAGAAGGCCUGCCCAAGAACCCCGACCUGCGCAUCGCGCAGCUGCGCUUCCUGCUGAGCCUGCCCGAGCACCGCGGGGACGCCGCCGUGCGCGACGAGCUGAUGGCCGCCGUCCGAGACAACAACAUGGCUCCUUAUUAUGAAGCCUUGUGCAAAUCCCUCGACUGGCAGAUAGACAUGGACCUGCUCAAUAAAAUGAAGAAGGCAAAUGAAGAAGAGUUGAAACGUUUGGAUGAGGAGCUGGAAGAUGCAGAGAAGAAUCUGGGAGAGAGCGAAAUUCGAGAUGCAAUGAUGGCAAAAGCCGAGUACCUCUGCAGGAUAGGUGACAAGGAGGGAGCUCUGACAGCCUUUCGCAAGACAUACGAUAAAACCGUGGCCCUGGGUCACCGACUGGAUAUUGUAUUCUAUCUCCUUAGGAUUGGCUUAUUUUAUAUGGAUAAUGAUCUCAUCACACGAAACACAGAAAAAGCCAAAAGCUUAAUAGAAGAAGGAGGAGACUGGGACAGAAGAAACCGCCUAAAAGUAUAUCAGGGUCUUUAUUGUGUGGCUAUUCGUGAUUUCAAACAGGCAGCUGAACUCUUUCUUGACACCGUUUCAACAUUUACAUCCUACGAACUCAUGGAUUAUAAAACGUUUGUGACUUACACUGUUUAUGUCAGCAUGAUUGCCUUAGAAAGACCAGAUCUCAGGGAAAAGGUCAUUAAAGGAGCAGAGAUUCUUGAAGUAUUGCACAGUCUUCCAUCAGUUCGGCAGUAUCUGUUUUCACUCUAUGAAUGUCGUUACUCAGCUUUCUUCCAAUCAUUAGCGGUUGUAGAACAGGAAAUGAAAAAGGACUGGCUUUUUGCCCCUCAUUAUCGAUACUAUGUGCGAGAAAUGAGAAUUCAUGCAUACAGCCAGCUGCUGGAAUCAUACAGGUCAUUAACCCUCGGCUAUAUGGCAGAAGCAUUUGGUGUUGGUGUGGAAUUCAUUGAUCAGGAACUCUCCAGAUUUAUUGCUGCUGGGAGACUACACUGCAAAAUAGAUAAAGUGAAUGAAAUAGUAGAAACCAACAGACCUGAUAGCAAGAACUGGCAGUACCAAGAAACUAUCAAGAAAGGAGAUCUGCUACUAAACAGAGUUCAGAAACUUUCCAGAGUAAUUAAUAUGUAAAGCCAUAUAACAAAGGAUUUCCUUUAGAGAUAAUUAUUUUAGAGAUAAUUAUUUGGAAUUUUUAUGGCUUACUUCACUAUGUGCCCAGUUCAGCUGUAUAAAAUAAAUACUGCAUUAUUGUUUCUCUCAA